AACGUCUGUGGGGGCCAUAUUUAAACCCUUAGUUCAUCUCUGGGGUUUAACUUGAGGCUUUAAACCAUCAGUUCAUCACAGUUGCUUAUUGAGACUUGUGGAUGACACUAUGAUGUUUUAAAUUUAUCAGUUAUAUAAAUUGGACGAUAAUAUAAAACUGCAGUGGUGUAAUAAGGUGAAGAAACUCAAGUGUACGUAGAGAACUGAUGAGAGGACGUGGCUGAGGUUUGACUUUGUAAGAUGAAUACCCCAGAGAAGGAACCUUCAUCACAGGUGCCACCCCUCCACUGUUCCCUCACUGUAGAAAAUUUAACAUCAUUGGGAACUGUCCACAAGUCUGUAACAUACAAAGGAAUAAAACUGAUUUUGGGACGAAAUGAAUUCAGGGACAUAAUUGUGCGCAUGGAUGGUGCCAAGCAUUCCCUGCAGUUCCCAGUACGAGACUUUCAGCUCCACAAACGUUUCAUGAAGGAGGGCAAGGCCACCAUCAGCCAAAAGAAUGUCAAUUUAAAUCUCAUGAUUGCUAAUGCUCCACCAAAUCAGCUUGCUAUAUUCAUGAAAACCCUUGCCAGCAAGCAUACUUUGUUGGGUCCCAAGCAAGGAGUAAUUAAUGCUAGGCAGCGCCUCCUCUCCACAGUCCCUAAGAGCUUUGAAGAAAUCAGUCCACUCACACUUAAGGAGUAUGAGACUGUGAGGAGCAACAAUGGCCGGAUGCCCCUGAAGGAAAGGAAUGGUAAUGUUCCAGGUGCAUCACCUGUCUCCAGUAAGCGAAAAAUGGAUAAAGAGCAGGAUUUACCUUCAUUAAAACGUCAAGCUCCAAGCCUCAGGAAUCAACUGGUUCUGACUACUGAACAGAAAAAAGUACUGCAGAUAGUUCAGUCAGGUCACAAUGUUUUCUUUACUGGUAGUGCAGGAACUGGCAAGAGCCUCCUCCUGAAACUCAUUGUUGGUGCACUGUCUCCUGAUGUUACCUUUGUGACAGCCAGCACUGGCGUGGCUGCUUGUCAGAUUGGUGGCACCACCCUUCAUGCAUUUGCUGGAAUUGGGAGUGGACAUGCUUCCUUAGAACAGUGUGUCCAACUUGCAUCAAGGAAGGUAGUUGCUCAACAGUGGAGAAAGUGUAAACACCUUAUUGUUGAUGAAAUCUCCAUGGUUGAUGGAGUCUUCUUUAAGAAACUUGAGGCUGUAGGGAGAGCCAUCCGUGGAAAUAACAAGCCAUUUGGAGGCAUACAACUUAUAUUGUGUGGAGACUUUUUACAACUACCACCAGUUACAAAGCCUGGAGAAAAACGUGUAUUCUGCUUUCAAACCUCUGCUUGGAAUCGCUGUAUAAAUAUCAGCAUGGAACUGACAGAAGUUCGACGACAGGAUGAUCAGGAAUUCAUUAACAUUUUACAAUCAAUACGUCUUGGAAGAUGUACGGAGGACAUGGUUGAUUGCUUAAAAUCAACUGAAAGUAAUGAAGUGGAAAAGGAUGGAAUUAAAGCAACACGACUAUGUACACAUCGUGAAGAUGUUGACCAUAUCAAUCAGGAGCAUCUUAAUAAAUUGACUGGAAAUGCAAAAGUGUUUCAGGCUAUUGAUAGUGACCCACACCUGUCCAAAAAUUUGGACUCUCAGACUCCUGUGGUUACCAAGUUAGUACUCAAAGUUGGUACUCAAGUCAUGCUUAUGAAAAAUUUGGAUGUAGGCAAGGGCCUGGUCAAUGGUGCUAGAGGAGUGGUCACUGGAUUCAAGCAAGGAAAUGAAGGGUACCCAAUUGUGAGGUUCUUGUGUGGAGUAACUGCAGAUGUAAAACAUGAGAAAUGGACUGUGAGAGGCACUGGAGGGAUUUACCUCUCCAGAAGACAACUGCCAUUGAAGCUAGCAUGGGCCUUUUCCAUUCAUAAAUCACAGGGCAUGACUCUAGACUGUGCAGAGAUGUCGCUGUCCCGCGUGUUUGAGGCGGGUCAGGCAUAUGUUGCCCUUUCCCGUGCCAGAAACCUCAAAGGACUGCGUGUAUUAGAUUUCAACCCAACCUGUGUGCGAGCCCAUCCUGAUGUUCUCAAGUUUUAUGAAGAUUUAAGAAAAAUUUACGAUCUAGAGCAGCAGUCAAUUGAAUCCUACUUAUGAUAAUUGGUAUAAUUUUUUAUUUUAAAUUUAUUUUAUUAAAAAAAAAUUGAAAAAAAUUAUCUUGUUUAGUACUGUACAGUAUAUCAUUACCUGAAAAGUACUUUUUUGUAAUUAAGCAGAGAAAUGGCCAAAAAUAAAGUGGCCAAACUCGGUGACAAAAUAAAAUAUCCAACAACA